AGAGUAGAUGCUGUGAACUGAAGAGCAACAGCGGCAGGGAGAGGAGACACUUGCUGUUAGAAACAGGAGCCAGAACAGAGAAGAACCGAGACAGAUCACUUUCACCGCACACACUCACAGCAUUAACAUCUCAGCAUGGCUUCAAAGUGUCCCAAAUGUGACAAAACCGUCUACUUCGCUGAAAAGGUGUCCUCGCUGGGUAAAGACUGGCACAAGUUGUGUCUGAAGUGCGACCGAUGCAACAAGCUGCUCAACGCCGGAGGUCACGCUGAGCACGAUGGAAGACCAUACUGCCACAAACCCUGCUAUGCUGCCCUCUUCGGGCCGAAAGGUGUGAACAUCGGAGGAGCCGGCUCUUACGUGUACGACGCCCCAGCCAACAACAACUCUGCUGUGGAUUCGGUGGCCAAAUCCGAGGAGAAGAGAGUGUACGCACCGAAGGCGCCAUCUAAAGCUGGAAGUGUCACCACAUUCUCUGGAGAGGCCAACCUGUGUCCUCGCUGCAACAAGAAGGUGUAUUUUGCUUCGAAGGUGACAUCACUGGGCAAGGACUGGCAUCGACCCUGUCUGCGCUGUGAGAGGUGCAGCAAGACUCUGUCUGCUGGAGGUCACGCAGAGCAUGAUGGCCAACCCUACUGCCACAAGCCCUGCUAUGCUAUCCUGUUUGGGCCCAAAGGCGUGAACACUGGUGGUGUGGGCAGCUACAUCUACGAGAAGGAGCCCAGUGCAGUGACCCAGCCUUGAACCUUUGUCCUUCAAACCCUCUAAGCUCCACCCUUCUUCUCUCCAAACAUCACCGACCAUCAGACCCAGUAUUACUCCACUCUCUCCUUCUCCAAACCCUGAGCUCAAUCCUGAGACCACCACCAGAUCCUCCUAAAGCCCCCUGCUUCUCCCAGCCUUUACAGAUCACAUGACUCAUUCCUGCAUUGGUUUGUCAGAUAAUGUGCUUUUCUAGGUAAACAAGACAACUUUUUAUUUAAUGACAGGUGUCAAACCACAUUACACAUUUUACACCAUUGCAUCAGUGUAGACUAAAGCAAUAAGAAUUUAUAAGUUUAAUAUUUUCACAGAGUAAAGUGUCAGAGGAAAUUGAAAAUAUAUUCAUAGACAGUGUAAAAAAAAUGGAUGCAGCCAUCUGGUUGCAUGACAUUGUUGCAAAGCCUCGUGAUGCAUGAACACAUUUUGGACUGGAGUUGUGAAAAAAAAUAGUCAAUAACAUGAAAAAUAAAUAAUAAAAGUAAUUCCUGAUAAUACUGUUUUGUUGGAAACAUUUGGGGACAUGAGUAUGCAUGAAAACUUUGUUAAACAUUUCUAAAUCCUGAAUGAAAAAAAAAAGAUUUGCGAAAAAAACAGUAUUAGUUGCAUGCCAUUUAAAAAUAAUGCUUUCCUUUGUGUUUUUGUAAAAUCACCAAGAUAAAAUCGGAAAAUACUGGCAGAGCACAGACAAAUAUGUUAAGUGCCACAGUGCCUCCUAGUGGUCAUACUGCGUCUCGUUUAUCAUGCAGGAGUUGACGGUCCUCUGAUUUGUGAAGUUCUACAGAGGUAAAUCAGCACCGUUCGAGUUUAUCCUGAACUUUGCAACAUUCCAAGCUUCGUCUUUUGAAACCAGACGACUGUAUCCAUUUUAUUAAUAUAAAUCUGUUGUUCUGGAAGAACUCCAUCAUCAUAAGUGGUCUUUGUUUUUGCCUAUAGUACUGAGUUAAAAAGAUUUGUACUUUAAUUUCUUUAAAAAAAAACGAUUUUAUAGAAAAAAAUUAGAAUACAGAUAUUUGUUAAGCUAAUCAAUUACUUAAUAUUUCUUAUCCCACUUUUUGUUUGAUAUCGUAUGGGAUAAACUUGCAUUUUUUUUGCUUUGGUUCAAGUCCAUCAAAUGUCAUUAUUCACUGCUUCUCUACCUGUUCCCGCAACACCGUGACGUCAACUGUUCUUGUUAUUGUACACAGAAAUAACCCUGUUGUUACGAUGUACUUUCUUUUUCAAAAGAUGGCGCUUUACAUAAAGUAUUACAUGUAAAAAAGGUUUUUCUUCGGCCAUUAGCAGUAGCUUAGCUCACAGAAACAGAGAGGAAGACGCUGCAGACAAGUCAUUCUGUAAGAAUGUGCAUUCUAGUGUUCUUAUUGUAAUUAUUGUUAUUCUUCUGACUGUUACUGUGCUUGUUGUUGUUGACCUGUUGUACUGACGGCAGGGCUCACUGUUUGUAGAACUGCACUUCCGCCCUGCUGCUGCUGUCUUUUUAAUCCUUUAAAUAAAGAUUUCAGAAACUCUU